UCAGUGGUGGAUAUUGUUAGGAACUACACAGCUGAUUAUGACAAAACUUUAAUUUUCAACAAGAUUCACCAUGAACUGAACCAGUUCUGCAGCGUGCACACUCUGCAGGAGGUCUACAUUGAGUUGUUUGAUAUUAUAGAUGAGAAUCUGAAGACUGCAUUACAGAAAGAUCUUAAUGCGAUGGCACCUGGACUAACAAUUCAGGCAGUCCGUGUUACCAAGCCAAAGAUCCCAGAAUCUAUCAGGAGAAACUUUGAACUCAUGGAGGCUGAAAAGACCCGCCUGUUAAUAACGGCACAGACUCAGAAAGUGGUAGAAAAAGAAGCAGAGACCGAAAGGAAGAAAGCCAUUAUUGAAGCUCAAAAGGUUGCUCAAGUAGCAGAGAUCCAGUACAAGCAGAAAGUCAUGGAGAAAGAGACGGAGAAGAAGAUUUCUGAAAUAGAAGCUGAAAUUGACACCGAAAUACCUGGAGCUCAUGAAGUACCAGGCCAUAGCGGCCAACAGUAAGAUCUACUUUGGCCAGGACAUUCCUAACAUGUUUGUGGAGGGGACGAACGGCGCCACUAAACCCGUGCCCUCGCCUAUUUUACACAACGCUGAACCAGAACUGCCUAAAGCCAAGUAAAAGUCCCAGUGAGUCCACAGCUGAGCCUCUGCACAGGGCAGGACGACCUGAUGCAAAGCGGUCUUGUCACUGAACAUGUGUUGCUUUGCCGCUAGUUUGGUGAACAGCACACUUCAGUCUUAAAUCUACAUGGCAAAGAGACAGAAAGCGAAAAGUAAAAGUUUGGGACACAGUGUGAGUCUUACUAGGAAAGAGAACGAUGCUGUCUUUAUGUCUGGGAAGGUGACAGAAAGUACUUACACCUGCUUAUUUUUUCCUAUUUUAAUUUUUUAUUUUUUUUAAAUCAGUGCAGCGUUUAACUUUGCUUUUGGAGCCAUUUUCAUUACAUAUGUGCAGCAGCUGUGAUUUGUGAUCGCCAUGAGUUACUGGUUUUCCAACCUCUGGUUUAGCUACAUUGAAACUUAACUGGUGACACUAAUUAAGUUGAUGGAGACGGUUUCUAAGUAAUUAAAAUCAUCUGUGCCAUUUGCUUUCUUUUAACAAGUUAGUGGUUGGCUGUGCUCUCUUAAUCCAUACCUGAGAACCAAUUGAUUAACACCUCAUGUCCCAUGCUGCUCAUGGUGAAGUUUUGACACUUAGUCUGGUUGAAUACAGAUGUUUCAAAAU